AUGCCGGCUCCUUCAACUCCUGCACUCAGCACUAGUUCAUUCAUUCUUCCAACUGGUUCAGACACUCAAACGCCUCUCUUCUACAAAGCUGCAGCAAAAACCUCUGGAGGAUUUUAUACACCAAUUACUGGCUUAAAUUGUAGUUCACAACGUCUGAAUGCUUUUCGCAAUGUGGGAAGAUUGAUUGGAAUUUGUCUUCAACAUAUGGAAAUUUUCCCUUUGUCUCUUUCUCGUUAUGUUCUUAAAUAUAUUUUGGGACGUAAUAUUACUUGGUCGUGUUACCAGCUGAUGCAUUAAUUAAUUUAACGGCUGAGGAUAUGAGAGCCCUCCGGUUUUCAAUGCAUUUCAAAAAUCUAUCGGACGAUGGGAUCGAACAAUUUCAUUUGUUGCAAAGAAUUUUUUGACGAUAUCACUAAAUGGUUUGGUGGUGAUUCUUCUUAUUCUGUUUUUCUAAAUAAAACUGGAG